ACCUGGCUUUGGAAAACUUUCCUGUCAGGCGAGAGCGUCCUUCUAGGUGAAAUUCUCCCGAGAUCUUUUGGCAGGUGAGAUCGUCCCUUUCCAGCUGAGAGCCUCUCCCGGCACAACCCCAUUCUCCCUAGGGGAAAGCCGUCCCCUGGCUUUUGCAGUUUAGGCUGAGCUUGUCUACAGCCUGGACCCUAAGGCUGGAGGCGCAGGGGCAAUGUUAGCCUCAAUAUUCGUCUUCCCUUGGAGGGGAGGGGCUCAUCUGAAGAAGGGUGUGCCUGAAGAACUGGACCCGCACUGGGCUCAUGGGGCAGCUGGAAAAGGACUCAGCCUGAACAGAGAUUGGCUGGGGGAGAUCGAGGGCUCAGGGAAGGAGGCUGGAGGGGCAGUCAGCCUGCAACCUGGACUGGUAGAACCCUGGGGGCUGAGUAGGCACACGAGGGUUGGAGGUAUGGACUGUGCUCAUCCUGCUAUUUCUUGAUGGGGGACUUUGGCCCAGAAAGACAUUUCCACCAGCCAAAGUUCAGGUACUACCCCUGGGCAUGGGCAUGGGGCCAGCUGGAGGUUGGACCUGCCUAGAAAAGUCAGGUGGGUGACUCUCUGGUCUAAGGUGGAGGUGUGGGGAAGGUUGCCAGGGGUGCCCUGACUGUGUCUCUGGUCUUGCCACCCCAGACCGAAGGACACAUAUGUACUCUGGCCAUAAUGGAGGCAAUGGAGCUAAGGAGGCAAGACUACCAUGUGGAGCGGCCACUGCUGAACCAGGAACAGCUGGAGGAGCUGGGGCACUGGGGCUCAGCAACUGGGACCCGCCAGUGGCGAACCUGGUUUCAGUGCUCCCGUGCUCGGGCCCAAGCCCUUUUGCUCCAACACCUCCCAGUAUUGGCCUGGCUACCCCAGUAUCCUGUGCGAGACUGGCUCCUGGGUGACCUGUUGUCUGGCCUGAGCGUGGCCAUUAUGCAGUUACCACAGGGUUUGGCCUACGCCCUCCUGGCUGGACUGCCCCCUGUGUUUGGCCUCUACAGCUCCUUCUAUCCUGUGUUUAUCUACUUCCUGUUUGGCACUUCCCGGCACAUCUCAGUGGGCACCUUUGCUGUCAUGUCCGUGAUGGUGGGCAGUGUGACAGAAUCCCUGGCUCCGGAUGAGGCCUUUAUGCAGUCCUUGAACUCCACAGUCAACCAGACGGCCAGAGACUUAAAACGGGUACAGCUGGCCUCCACACUCAGCGUCCUGGUUGGCCUCUUCCAGGUGGGGCUGGGCCUGGUCCACUUUGGUUUUGUGGUCACCUACCUGUCGGAGCCUCUGGUCCGCGGCUACACCACAGCCGCGGCCGUGCAGGUCUUCGUCUCGCAGCUCAAGUAUGUGUUUGGCCUCCAUCUGAGCAGCCUCUCUGGGCCGCUGUCCCUCAUCUAUACAGUGCUGGAGGUCUGCUGGAAGCUGCCCCAGAGCGUGGCUGGCGCUGUGGUCACCGCAUUUGUGGCAGGGGUGGUGCUUGUGGUGGUGAAGCUGUUGAAUGACAAGCUGAGGCGACAUCUGCCCCUGCCACUCCCUGGGGAACUGCUCACGCUCAUCGGGGCCACAGGCAUCUCCUACAGCGUGGACCUGAAGCAAAGAUUUGGAGUGGAUGUCGUGGGCCCCAUCCCUGUAGGGCUGGUACCCCCAGUGGCCCCCAGCCCCCAGCUGUUUACAAAGCUUGUGGGAAAUGCCUUCGCCAUCGCUGUGGUUGGGUUCGCCAUUGCCAUCUCGCUGGGGAAGAUCUUCGCCCUGAGGCAUGGUUACCGAGUGGACAGCAACCAGGAACUGGUAGCCCUCGGCCUCAGCAACCUCAUCGGGGGCAUCUUCCAAUGCUUCCCCGUGAGCUGCUCCAUGUCUCGGAGCCUGGUCCAGGAGAGCACCGGGGGCAACACACAGGUGGCCGGAGCCACCGCCUCCCUCUUCAUCCUCAUCAUCAUCAUCAAAGUUGGGGAGCUCUUCCAAGACCUGCCCAAGGCAGUCCUGGCCGCCACCAUUAUCGUGAACCUGAAGGGCAUGCUGAUGCAGCUCACGGACAUACGCUCCCUCUGGAACGCGAACCGCGUGGAUCUGCUCAUCUGGCUGGUGACCUUUGUGGCCACCAUCUUGCUGAACCUGGACCUGGGCCUGGCAGUGGCAAUAGCCUUCUCCCUCCUGCUCGUGGUGGUCCGCACGCAGCUGCCCCACUAUUCUGUCCUGGGGCAGGUUCCAGACACAGAUAUUUACAGAGAUGUGGCAGCCUACUCAGAGGCCAGGGAGGUCCCAGGAGUGAAGGUCUUCCGCUCCUCAGCCACCGUGUACUUUGCCAAUGCUGAGCUCUACAGUGACGCGCUGAAGCAGAGGUGCGGUGUGGACGUUGACUGCCUCAUCUCCCAGAAGAAGAAGCUGCUCAAGAAGCAGGAGCUAAAGCUGAAGCGGCUGCAGAAGGAGCGCCAGAAACAGGAUGCUGCCUCCCAGGUCACUCCUGUUUCCAUUGAUGUCAACACCAGUGAUGGAAACAUCAAGAGCAACAACGUGGAGGGCUCCAAGGCCGAGCAGGUGAGCACAGAGAAUGAGCUACAGAAAAUAGCAGCCGGCGGUCAAGAAGAUGCCAAGGCCCCAGCCAUGUGCACACUGAGGGCCCUGGGCCUGCCUCAGCCCGACUUCCACAGCCUUGUCCUGGACCUAAGCACCCUCUCCUACGUGGACACUGUGUGCCUCAAGAGCCUGAAGAAUAUUUUCCAUGACUUCCGGGAGAUCGAGGUGGAGGUGUACAUGGCUGCCUGUCACACUCCUGUGGUCGCCCAGCUGGAGGCCGGGCACUUCUUUGACGCGUCCAUCACUAAGCAGCAUCUCUUUGCCUCUGUCCACGAUGCUGUCACCUUUGCCCUCCAACACCGGAGAUCCAACCAAGUCAGUCCUGUUUUGGUUACCAAACUCUGACCAUGCUGCCACCCUGCCUGAGACUGCCUACACCUGGAGGUUGUGACGGGGCACCUGUGAGACUCCCCC